AUGGCGGACUGGAAGAACUGGUUGCAACUGUACUCCACUGCAAAUCCCAUGCUGUAGUUCCUAUCGAGCUUCCUUUACUUCGAUCAGCCUUCUUGACGGACACGGCAGCGACUUCGGACGAACACGAUGCUGUCCCUCAUCCUCCUCGGCCUGCUGUCAUUUGCAGUCCUCGCUCUGUUGCUUAGAUUCGUUACUGCUGAAGGGGACUUCACUCUGAUGUCGAAGCGGCAUGUGAAGCGUGAAGAGAUCGAAGAUAAGGUUGUGUGGAUUACCGGGGCAAGUCGUGGAAUUGGCGAGAUUCUAGCAAAGCAACUAGCAACUCUGGGUGCAAAACUCAUACUCUCCGCUCGUAACCAAGCUGAGCUGGAGCGCGUCAAGAGCCGACUUACUGGUAAACAUGCACCUGACCAGGUGAAAAUCUUACCAUUGGACUUGGCUUCUGGAGAAGACUCUCUUAGGGAUGCUGUAGAGAAGGCAGUGUCACUUUUCCCUGAUUCCGGUGUUGAUAUCAUGAUUCAUAAUGCAGCUUUCGAGCGCCCUAAAACAACAGCCUUGGAUGUAACAGAAGAAGGCCUUAAGGCGACAUUCCACAUCAAUGUUCUGGGUACAAUUUCAUUGACUCGACUUUUGGGUCCCUAUAUGCUUAAGCGUGGGAGCGGUCAAUUUGUUGUGAUGAGUAGUGCUGCUGGAAAAACACCGGCACCUGGUCAAGCUGUAUAUUCAGCAUCAAAAUUUGCUCUGAACGGAUACUUUCAUACCUUGCGUUCGGAGCUCUGCCAAAAAGGGAUCAAGGUGACUGUUGUUUGUCCUGGACCAAUAGAGACGUCAACUGGAGCCACAGAUUCGGGAAAGAAGGGCUCACUUGAGAAGCGUUUAUCAUCUCAAAGGUGUGCGGAACUGACAAUAAUUGCUGCAUCCCAUGGCUUAAAGGAAGCUUGGAUAUCAUACCAGCCUGUGCUAGCUGUGAUGUAUCUGGUACAAUACAUGCCAUCUAUUGGCUUCUGGCUCAUGGACAAGAUCGGUAAGAACCGAGUCGAGGCUGCUGCAAAGAAGGGCAACACUUACUCUCUGGGCUUACUCUUUGGAAAUAAGAAGGCAGCUUGAACUGUGUGUAAGCACUGAACAACUUGCCUGUCCACUCUACGGUUUCAAGAGAUCUUCAUGUUGAUAGGACAAGUACAAGAAUAGUUCGUGUAUGUCAUAUUUUGCUUCGGUUUCAGAAGCGUUAAACACUCUGAACAGGAUAGUUAAACUGGUGUCUUAUAUUGAAUGAUUAUUCUUAAAGAAAAAGAAUCUCCAUUCACCGACGAA